AUUAGAAUAGGAUUGGCAAGUUUCAUUUUUUAAAUUAAUUUUGGCAAACUCUGGCAAUUGGAUUAUGUAGCUCGUUAAAUCUAGUUAAGGCUUAAUAAUUUCAUCCAACAGACGUUUCACUAUAGAACCGUUGGUAUUAAUCCUAUGUGGUUCAAAUAUACAGAAUUGUUCUAAAUAAUCUUUUAAGAAUUAAAGGACUGUGAAAGAGUACGAACUUUAAUACAAUUGGAUUUAGACUGAAAAGACCUUGUAGAAAGGUGGAUUAAAAGUGUCAGGAUACAUUUGUUCAGAUGUCUAGUAUUAGAAUCUAUCAAAUGCAGUACUAGUUUGGGUUUGUCAUUGUUAUAUGUAUGUAAGGGACUUAGUCAUUGGUUGGUAAACAAGAUGGCGAAUGUGAACAUUUAGUCGGAAAAGUAAACUAACUGACAUCAAAUCGAGACGCCAUAUUUUGAAACUAGAUUUACUGAAAGACUGCGAAGAUGUAACUAAAUGUAAGAUAGUAAACGUACAAUACUAUAGAGGGACGUCAUAAUCUUAGAAAUACACAAGGCGAUCUGAUAGGUCAACUUUUCCUAAAAGUGCGUCAAUCAAACAAGCAACAUGGGGAAUCUUAUGUCUGGUAUCUCGACCCUAGCCACAAGAGCUGGGGGAAAAAACAAACGAGCGGAUGAUGACUUCAGUGAUCGCUUGAACUACAAAUUCACCACAUUUAUGCUGUUGGUCUUCUGUAUGCUUGUGACAGGGCGACAGCAUGUUGGGCACCCUAUAAACUGUUGGUGUCCAGCUAGAUUCAAAGACCCCCAGAUAGACUACGCUAACAGUCUUUGUUGGACUAAGAAUACAUAUUAUGUACCAAUUGAGGGGGACAUACCAAAAAGUGACUCUGGAAGGACGAGGCUUGAACUGCAGUACUACCAAUGGGUACCCAUUGUGCUGUUAGUCCAGGCGGUACUAUUUUACUUUCCUUGUGUCAUAUGGAGGCUUCUUCACGACAAAUCUGGGGUGAAUAUCACUACACUAUGUACCACCCUUGAAGAUAAAGGAAACUUGGAUCCAGACACAAGGAAUAAGACAAUUAGAUACAUCGUUAGGCAUCUUCAUAGAUGUUUCGAUAUGAUCAGAAUCCAUAGCUCACACGGUUGUCAACGACAUACACAAAAACUCGUCAAAAAGUGCCCAUUGAUAUGUGGCAAACGUUAUGGGAACUAUAUUCUCUCGCUCUAUGUUGCCUGUAAAAUGUUGUACAUCGGGAAUGCCAUCGGGCAAGUGUACAUCCUAAAUGCUUUCCUUGGCAAUGGGACAGACUAUAGUUUUUAUGGUGUAGGAGUUCUCGUUGAUAUGUUAAAAAGUAGAGAUUGGACAACUUCAGAUCGGUUUCCCAGGGUUACCUUGUGUGACUUCAAAAUCCGUGAAUUUGCUCAUAAUAUACACAGAUACACCCUUCAAUGUGUCCUCCCCAUAAAUCUGUUCAACGAGAAGAUCUAUAUCAUCUUAUGGUUUUGGUUCGUUCUCGUCGCCAUCGUCAACUCUUAUAGCCUCCUACAGUGGCUGUUCUACAUGGCAGGGAAUAAUAAAGUAGACUACAUCAAACGCCAUUUAAAGAACAUGGGGAUGUUUGACAAAGAAUCUGACAAAAAAUACCUGAAUACUUUUGUAGAGGAAUAUAUGCAGCAUGAUGGUGUGUUUGUGAUGCGGUUGAUGACCAAAAACGCUUGCGAUAUAUCUGUCUCAGAAAUAGUAUGCGGACUGUUCACAAUAUUCAAACAAUCUAGGACUAAUGGUAGCAUCAUGUGAUGUUGCUCAAGCGGAGAUUAUGGGACAUAAUGGGUUAAUGGGGCAACCAGAAAACACUGGACACACAUGAAAGACUAUGGGAUGCCACCUAUUAAACCUUUUAAUUCUCUCAAAUUAAAAGCGUUUUCGAAUAUGAAAGUCUGAGAGUGAAACUGAAAUCUUUCAAAGGUUGGAACCACUGAAAAAUUAAGAUGAAAGAUGUGAUGUGAAAAUAGUUGUACAAUAUGCACUUGUAUUUGUGUUCUUG